UAAUGUAAUUGGUGUUGCCUGUAGGCUCGCGGUCCUAAAAAGCACUUGAAGCGUUUAAACGCACCCAAAGCAUGGAUGUUGGACAAGUUGGGCGGUGUGUACGCCCCGCGUCCGUCCACUGGUCCACACAAGCUGCGAGAGUGCCUGCCCCUCGUCAUAUUCCUAAGAAACAGACUCAAGUAUGCCCUCACCGGUAACGAGGUACUCAAGAUCGUGAAACAGCGUCUCAUCAAAGUCGAUGGCAAAGUCAGGACUGAUCCCACAUAUCCUGCUGGAUUCAUGGAUGUGGUUUCUAUUGAAAAAACAAAUGAGCUGUUCAGACUUAUCUAUGAUGUGAAAGGACGUUUCACAAUUCACCGCAUUACUCCCGAGGAGGCCAAGUACAAGUUGUGCAAAGUAAAGAGAGUGGCGACGGGGCCUAAGAACGUCCCCUUCCUGGUGACACAUGACGGCCGCACCAUCCGCUAUCCAGACCCCCUCAUCAAAGUGAAUGAUUCCAUACAGCUGGAUAUAGCCACCUCCAAAAUCAUGGACUUCAUUAAGUUUGAAUCUGGCAACCUGUGCAUGAUCACCGGCGGCCGGAACUUGGGCCGCGUGGGCACCAUCGUGUCCCGCGAGCGCCACCCCGGGUCCUUCGACAUCGUGCACGUGCGGGACUCCACCUCACACACCUUCGCCACCAGGCUCAACAACGUGUUCAUCAUCGGCAAGGGCACAAAAGCGUACAUCUCUCUGCCGCGCGGCAAGGGAGUCCGGCUCACCAUCGCGGAGGAGAGGGACAAGCGCAUCGCAGCCAAGGUGGCCGGACAGUGACCGCCACAAUAAACUAAUAAACAUAUAAAACCAA